AUGGCUACCCCCAGAGGCCGUCUCCAAGGCAAGAAUGCCAUCAUCACCGGUGCCGCAGGCGGAAUCGGUCUUGAAACUAGCAUCCUUUUUGCCCGUGAGGGCGCCAACGUCCUUAUGGCUGAUAUCUCCACCCCUGCCCUCGUGAAAGCCAUCGCCAAAGUCAGGGAGCUUGUCCCCACCGCGGCGCAGGUUGAGACCAUCAAGUGCGAUGUCUCCAAGGAAUCCGACGUCCAGGCCAUGAUCGAAUCCCAGGACUCCUGGGGUGGAACGGAUGUGAUAUUCAACAACGCAGGAAUCAUGCACGCCGAUGAUGCCGAUGCCAUCGAUACCCCUGAGAAGAUUUGGGACAUGACGCAGAAUAUCAAUGUGAAGGGUGUUUGGUUUGGAUGCAAGCAUACAGUUCUGAGUCUGCGAAGACAUAAGAAGACCAAGGGGAGCAUCAUUAACACGGCGAGUGUGGUGGCCCUGGUGGGAAGUGCGACGCCGCAGCUGGCGUACACAGCUUCCAAGGGAGCUGUUCUGGCACUGACGAGGGAAUUAUCCAUUGUGCAUGCCAGAGAGGGAAUCAGAUUCAAUGCUCUAUGCCCAGCACCGUUGAACACGCCGUUGCUGCAAGACUGGCUGGGUGACGACCAGCCCAAGCGUCACCGCCGCGAGGUGCACUUCCCAAUGGGAAGAUUUGGUGAGGCCAUUGAGCAGGCGCACGCUGUUGUCUUCUUAGCCAGUGAUGAGAGCAGCUUUGUCAAUGGAUCCGACUUUGUUGUUGAUGGUGGCAUGUCCAGGGCCUACGUGACCCCCGAAGGACCGGCUGCUCCAGCCCCUAAGAACCAGGCUCAGUAA